UGCUCGAUACUCCAUUACUUUUCAUUUGAAGUUGCGCGCCAAAUGCUGCUAAUGACAGUGCUGUUGUUUUGACAUGUUCGUCUUUACUUUACUGUCUCUUAAGUUUUGUUUGCUGAUUUAGAGAUCACGUAUCCUAAACAAGAAAAAUGGACUCGCAAUCCUACAUGCCUAUUCCUCCGGGUAUCGGAAUGGAGGAGAAUUUCUUUUCUCUAGAUGAUAUUUUACUGUCUCAUGAACGACUGCCGUGCAGGACUGAGAGCGCGUUCCCGCGACUCGGGUUCCUCGAGAAAUCCAGUGAGACCCGCGACAUACCAGAGGGCACAAAGAUGGAGAUGCCACUUUGGCUGGCCAAGGGCCUGUAUGAACGGAAGAGACGAGUGCUGUCCGUGGAACUGCCAAAGGUGUAUCGUGAGGGCUGGAGAACAGUGUUCGGGGCAGAUCCCACUGUUGUAGACUUGCACAAAAUGGGGCCGUAUUACUAUGGUUUAGGCUCCCAGAUGCUGCAUUUUGACAGCCCAGAAAACCCAGAGAUUGCUAAUGCCAUCCUCCAGACCUUCAUUGGUCGUUUCCGUCGGACCAUGGACUCGUCCCAGAAUGCCUACAACGAAGACACAUCAGCGCUGGUGGAGCGUUUGGACUGCUUGGAGAGGAGCUUGUUUAAAGCAGGCCAGAGUGGACUCAACAGUUUCCAACUGUGGGAAAAGGGCCGGUCCUCUCACCUCACUGCCUCUAGUCUAGUUAUCAACUACAGAAAAAGGAAAAUUACAGACCUGCAGGCCUGAAAGUCCACAAGGUUGCAAAAAAGGACAAAAAAUAGAGUUUCUUGUGAUUGUGUGAGAAAGUGGGACACGUAUGUAUGUUUGUGUUGCUGAGAGACUUUUUACUGUAACAUUUGUGUAUAAACAACAUUUCAAUUUGGUAUAUGGUCAAUAAAUCGAUUUAUUCUAUUGUUUUCA